UUUCAUUUCUUUCCAUCCUCUCACCGAACACCUGUUCGUUAUCUCCCUCUCUCUCGCUCUCUAUUAGGGCUAGGGUUUUGAUCCUCGAUAAAAAAUAGAAAUCGAUCCUCUUUUCCCUUUUCCAAUCCUCUAUCUAUUUGCGUUUCCAAUUGCCGAUCUCAUGUUUCUUUUCUUCAUUUUUUAGGGCUCGGGGUUGUUCAUCAUCCCGAGCUCUACGACCCCCCUCCCCUUUUGAUUUCCAAUCAAAUUUGAUUCCGGUUGAUUGAAUCGAUGGAGUAUUUUAUUGUCGAGGGAUUGGAUUUGGCGGGAGAAUGAGGGGGCGGUGGCGGGAGCAAGAUCGGAUCGGGAGAUUGGGGACGAAUCGGAUGAUGGAUGGGGGCUCGCAAUCGGUCAUCGGAUGCCGAAUCCGCAUGAGAUCGGAGGCAUUCGAUUCAUUCUCUGCUGCUUCUGAGUCGUUCUCUGAAGGAAAUUGCUCCUCUUAUCGGGUUCGGAUCUGGGUCCGAAUCUGGUAGGGUUGAAAUUGGGCCCUGCUGCUUUUCUGCUACUUCGUUGGUUCUCUCCUCUGGCUCCUCCUCCUCCUUUUUUUCUGAAUUUUUUAUUUUAGUUUUAUCUGUAUAAACAAAAGGGGAAAAAAAUCCAGCUUGGUGAUUGGGUUUCGGAUCUUGAGUUAUGGAUCCGAUAAAGAACGGGCAUCAGGUUGAUGGUCGUGGGGAUGUGGAGUAUGCUGAGAUGGAUCCAACUGGGCGAUACAUCCGGUAUGAUGAGAUUUUAGGCAAAGGGGCCUUCAAGACGGUUUACAAGGCAUUUGAUGAGAUUGACGGGAUUGAAGUUGCAUGGAAUCAAGUGAGGAUUGAUGAUGUGUUACAUUCUCCAGAGAACCUUGAGAGGCUAUAUUCAGAAGUUCAUUUACUGAAAUCCGUGAGGCAUGAGAACAUAAUGAAAUUUUACAAUUCAUGGGUUGAUGAUCAGAGUAAAACUAUCAAUAUUAUCACUGAGCUGUUCACUUCUGGAAGUCUUAGGCAAUAUCGUGUGAAACAUAAAAAAGUUGAUCUAAAGGCAAUAAAGAACUGGGCCAGACAAAUUCUUCGAGGUUUAGCCUAUCUUCAUAGCCAUGAUCCACCUAUUCUUCAUAGAGAUUUGAAAUGUGACAAUAUAUUUGUCAAUGGAAAUCAUGGAGAAGUCAAAAUUGGGGAUUUGGGGCUGGCUACUGUUAUGCAGCAACCUACUGCUCGUAGUGUAAUUGGUACUCCUGAAUUCAUGGCACCUGAGCUCUAUGAGGAAGAAUACAAUGAACUAGUUGAUGUUUAUUCAUUUGGGAUGUGCAUGUUAGAGAUGGCCACAUUUGAAUAUCCAUAUAGUGAAUGUAGAAAUGCAGCUCAGAUUUAUAAGAAAGUCACUUCUGGGAUAAAGCCAGCAGCACUUGCAAAAGUUACGGAUCCCCAAGUAAGGCAUUUCAUUGAAAAAUGUUUGCUUCCUGCUUCUGAGAGAUUACCUGCAAAAGACCUUCUAAAAGAUCCCUUUCUCCAAUGUAAUAAUGUGCUCGAUUAUGAUCUUGUGCAACAAUGUAACUUCCAACAAUGCCAUGUUGCACCGAAUGUGAUAAAUGAAUCAAAAUUGGAAAGGACAUCAAUGGAGGUUGACUCAGAUAGUAAGAUGUUUGACAUCUGCAUUGGUUCUGAUAAUAGCACUAUGAACCCUCAUAUACAAGUGUUGGAAUUUCAAAAAACUAAUGGAGCCAAUGAAUUUAGACUGAAAGGGGAGAAAAAUGGCGACCAUUCUGUUUCACUUGUUCUGCGAAUUGCUGAUUCUUCGUGUCCAGUGAGAAAUAUUCACUUUCUGUUUUAUUUAGAUUCUGAUACACCACUUGCAGUUGCUCGAGAAAUGGUGGAACACUUGGAACUUUCUGAUUAUGAUGUAGUGUUUAUAGCAGAUUUCAUUGAUAAUUUGAUAAUGAAGCUCGUACCUGGAUGGAAAUCUUCAUCAGAUUAUACUUCUAGUGGAACAAUGACCCUUUACAAGGAAUAUGAAAAAAAUCAACUUUCAUUUGGAUCUGAUUGGAACUCACGUCCAUCGAGUCCUGCAGAGACUGGUGUGGAACAGAGUGUUCUUUCUGUAUUGAACUACGCUGGUUCCAUUGCAUAUAGUACAUCAAUUGAAGACGCUCCGUACAAGAAGAUGAAUGAAUGUCGCUUGCAUGAAGAUUCUAAUUCUGUUUCCAGUCAUGUACAUGGAGAAGACAAGUGUUCUCAAGGAUCUACCAUGUCAUUUCUUAUGACCGGAAGUUACAAAAGCUUAAGUGGAUCCGCAACCGAUGUGGAUUCUGGCCUUAUUGACUAUGCUAGUCUCAAAGUGGACGAGAACUUCUGCAACGUUGAAGGCCUUAAUUUGGAUGAAAAACAUCAAGAUGGAUUGAAGGCAGAACUUGAAAUGAUUGAUGCUCAAUAUAAGCGCUGGUUUAAUGACUUGUUGAGAAAGCGGGAGGAGGCAUUGGAGAGUGCUAGACAGAGGUGGUUUAUGAAGAAGAGAGAAGAUUAACCUUUCUCAACUUUCUAUCUUGCACCUCAAUUUUUUUUUCCCCUUUUACCUUUGAGAAAAAAAAAACAUACUUUAGUCAUUUAUAUUUUUAGCUUGUCGAAUAAUCGUCCCAGUUUUUAUGAAAUUUUAGUUUAAAUAAUGUUCAGCGACUUACAUAAUAUGUCUAUAUCUUUAAGCAUGAAUGCUGGAUUUCCCCUUCACUGUAUAUUCUCUGUUAUGACUAUUGAAAUCAAUGUUGAUAUGGUAUUUUGUGGCUUA